AUGCCGCCUCCCCCGGCCUUCGACUACUAUGCCCAGCUUGAGGUCUCGCGCACAGCCACUGACGAAGAGAUCACUACUUCGUACCGUCAGCUGGCUCGAAAAUGGCAUCCUGACAAGAACCCUGAGAACGUCGAGGAGUCCACCGCCACCUUCCAGAAGAUUCAACUAGCGUACGAGACACUGCGUGAUCCUGUCCAUCGCCGACGAUAUGACACGCCUCGGCCAACACCUGGAUAUCCCCCGGCAUACAACCCACCCCGAGCAAAUACCAACCCUUUCCACCACUUCGACGAUGACGAUGAAGAUGACGAUUGGUACAAUGAGUACGAAGAUGAAGACGACGACGACGAAGAAAACCUCGAAGACUUCCUCUUUCGCCACUUUGGAGGACACUUUCAUUUCGGUGGUAGUUCUUAUGGCGGUGGACAACCACAGACUAGGGAGGAGUAUAUAGAAGCCAGAGCUGAGAGGGAACGAAGGGACCGGGAAGAGACUUUCAUCGCUCGCGAGGUCGAGCGGGAGCGCCACGAGAAGGCCGAGAAGCGAAAACAGGCAAAGGAGACCGCCAUGAAAGCCGAGGAGGAGGCUCGCAACAACGAGAGAACAUCUCGACUUCACCAGGAGAAGCAAAAGCAGGAGGCUCGCUGGCAACGACUCAAUGCCACCACCAAGGACGAGAAGCUAGCGACCUGUCUCCAUUCCGAGGGCUGCAACAAGGUCCCCCAGAAGAAGAAGUUCAAGUGCGUCGCAUGUAGAGCCAAGAGGGGUAUGUUGGCAUUUGAGUGUCCUUACUGUGCCUUGUUCCUCUGCCAGCUCUGUGUCAACGAUUCUGCCAAGAAGCGCCUCCAGGAACAGGAAGAUCUAAAGCGGGAGGCUCACUCAGCGGCCCAACCAGAGCCGGAGCCAGAGUCUGAACCCGACCAAGAGGACGAGGAGAUGGCAGGACCUCUGAAUGCACAGGCCAGGAAGAGAAAUACUGGUCGCGGCAAGAAGAUGAACGAUGCCGAUAAACUAUGCUUCAACUGCGGCGAGAUCGGUCAUUACGCCAAGCAUUGUGUUUACCCUGCCCGGCAACGUUCCCAUGAGCCUGAGCAGCCGGAUGAGGCCAAAGCACCUGCUGACGGGCAAGCCAAGAAGGGCAAUGAUGGAUGUGGCAAGAAGACGGAUAAGGAUGAUAGGCCUUGCCUCGGCUGCGGCCAGUAUGGUCAUUUGUGGAAGGAUUGUGUGCACCUUGCCCGGCCAAAUCCCCUUGGACCUGAGCGGCAGGAUGAGAACAAGCCACCUGCGGGCGGACAAGCCAAAAAGGGGAAUGCUGCACGUGUGAAGAAGAUGGAUAAGGCGGAUAAGCCUUGCUUCAACUGUGGCGAGAUUGGUCAUUUCGCCAAGCACUGUGUCAACUCUGCAAGUCAACGUCCACAGGGCAGCAAUAAGCCACAAGGAAAGCAGCCACAAGGAAAGCAGCCACAAGGAAAGCAGCCACAAGGAAAGCAGCCACAAGGAAAGCUGGCAGGUCACCAGAAGCACGGUGGAAGGCCUGGUGGAGUUCACGAUGGCAAGCCCUUGAACAACCCAAACCGUACCGAUUCUACCUAUAUCAAGACCAACGGAGACGCCACCGGCAAGGCCAAUGGGGAGACACCUGCCAAGGCCAAUGGAGAGACACCUGCCAAGGCCAAAGCAGAACCACGCGUCAAGACCAGCGCAAAGGCACAGGAGAAGCAUGGCCAGGACGCAAGCGAGAAGCUACAAGAGAAGCCUAACGGGAAGGGACAUGGCAAGCCUAAGGGAAAGCCACACAGGAAGCCUGAUGGAAAUGCCAGUCACAAUGUAGGCGGUGCCCAGACGAGUAGCAAGGUCUAG